AUGUCAUCCAACGAAAAAGUUCCUGAUGUUAAUAUUGAAACAGACAAGAAUUCGUCUUAUGAUGAAUUGGACCAUAGGGUCACGAAAGAAUCUACGAGUGUCCACGUCUAUGACAAGAAAUACAUAUCUUUCCUGCCACCGUACUCUAAUGCCAUGAUACAAAUUGUGAUGUUGGCGUUUGUGGUUUUCAUGACACCAGGUAUGUACAAUGCAUUAUCCGGUAUUGGUGCCUCCAUCAGUGGUCCAGAUGGAGUCAAGACACAGGAUAAUUCCAACGUUGCAUUGUAUUGUACGUUUGCUGGUGUUGGUUUCUUUGCUGGAACAUUGUGUAACCUCAUUGGCCCUAGAUAUUGUUUGAUGUUAGGUGGUACUGGAUAUUUAGUUUAUGCUGGUUCGUUGCUAAGUUACAACCAUAACCAGAAUAGCGGAUUUGUUAUUUUUGCAGGUGCAUAUCUCGGUAUAUGUGCGGCUUCUCUAUGGGCUGCCCAAGGAUCGAUUAUCAUGUCUUACCCCACCGAAGAUAAGAAAGGAAGGGCCAUCAUGAUUUUUUGGGUUAUUUUCAAUCUUGGUGCGGUCAUAGGUGCAAUAAUUCCACUAGCAAACAAUAUGCAUUCCAAUUCAUCAACUGUAAAUGAUGGUACCUAUAUUGCAUUUAUGGUUUUAAUGGGUACUGGUAGUGUCAUAGCAUACUUUAUGCUACCAAAGGAAAAAGUUUGGAGAGAUAACGGUACACGAGUUGUUGUUAAGGACUAUCCUAACUGGAAAACAGAAAUCUUUGGCUCCUUCAGGCUAUUGAUAAAGGAACCAAAAAUCUUUUUACUCUUCCCAAUGUUUUUUGCUUCUAAUUGGUUCUAUACCUACCAAUUCAACGAUUUUAACGCGGGGCGUUUUAACAUCAGAACAAGAUCUCUAAAUUCCUUACUUUACUGGCUUUUCCAAAUGCUUGGUGCUGUGAUCAUGGGUACUAUACUAGACUUGAACAUGUUCAGAAGAUCAGUUCGUGCAAAGAUUGGAUGGACAUUCUUGUUUUGUAUCGCAUUUGCAAUCUGGGGCGGUGGCUAUAAGUUCCAAACGGGGUUUACUAGGGCCGACGUAAAACCAGAUGCAGAAGGGGUCUAUAAAUUGACACCAAUGGAUUUCAAAGAUAGUUCAUACAUCGGUCCCAUGUUCUUGUAUAUCUUUUACGGUAUUUUCGAUGCAAUGUUUCAAAGUUAUUGCCUAUGGGUUAUGGGUGCUUUAUCAAACGAUAGUGAGACAACUUCCUAUUAUGCUGGCUUCUAUAAAGGUAUCCAAUCUGCUGGUGCCGCCGUUGCCUGGAGAUUGGAUGCUUACGGUACCCCCUAUAUGAGUAUGUUUGCAAGUUCAUGGGCAUUAGUUCAGGGAUCCAUGGUGCUAGCCGUCCCCCUUAUCUUUUUCAUGAUUUCUGACCAUACCGAGGAACUUCCAGAGGAAGAUAUAGAUGACGAUGGUAUUAAUGCAGUCGUUUCUUUGGUUUCCGGUGAAGGUAGAAUUGUGUAG